AUGUAUAAUAUAGGCCUGUCACCAGAUCCCAAAGAAGCAGCAGCCAUAGAGGCUAGAAGAAAUCGAGAAAAGGAGCGACAAAGCCGAUUCUUCAAUGUGCGGAACCGAGUCAUAGGGGUGGAUAUUGAAGCCCUGAACAACCAGGUAGAAGAGCGAAAGCUUCGGGAGGCAGCGGAACGGAGCAAGGAAGCAGCUUUUGGUACCAACCAGGUACAGUAUGAUCUAGUAGUCCAGAUGCUAGAGAAGGAACAGGCAGAACGGACACGCCGGCUAUCCAAGAAAGUCCAGGAGUUUCGGGAGCAGAAGCAGCAGCUCAAGAACAAGUGUGAAUUUGACCUUUGGGAUCUAGAUCAACUCUUUCCAGCCUGUCCUGGUCACAGUGAUCCCCACUGUGGUCCAGCCAGCCUACAGUGCUUCUCUGGAGAGGACCUACACAGGGCCACACGCCUGAGAAUGCAGCAGGAACAGUUCAGGUACAGCCUAGAGAGGCAGCUGCAGGAGCAACAGCAAGCCAGAAUUGAAGACAAUUGUGCAGAUAUGCUCAGUGACCAGCUGUGCUUAGCCAUGGACAUGCGAGCCACCCAGCUGGCCAAGUUGGAGGAGUCCUGUCGCAUGGCCAUGAUGUCUGCCAUGGCCAAUGCCAACAAAGCCCAGGCAGCUGACCGGGCUAAGCAGCAGCGCCAUGAGUAUCAGCGUGAACAGGAGGCUAACCUCAUGGAGAUCCAGAACCAGAUCAUAAGUGACCUACUGACUGAGAACCCCCAGGUCGCCCAACAACCUAUAGCUCCCCACCGGGUCCUGCCCUAUUGCUGGAAGGGCAUGACUCCAGAGCAACAAGCUGCCAUCAGAAAAGUCCAGGAGACGCAACGCCUUGAGAAGGAGGCACAGCGCCAGGCCCAACAAGCAUUGGAUACCGAAUGGGAAAGCCAGACCAUGCACUCCACCCAGGCAGUGCUGGAGCUAGAAGAGCAGGAGAGGGAAUUGUGUGCUGAGUUUCGGAGGGGGCUAGGCUCCUUCAACCAGCAACUGGCUAAGGAGCAAAAAGCCCAGCGGAAUUAUCUGAAUUCAAUAAUUUACAACAAUCAACCUACAGCCCAAUAUCACCUACAGUUCAACACCAACAGCCGCUGAGCUCAGGAUGGUCAUCUCUACCUUCUCUUCCAUCAAGCU